GUUUGAUGGUAGCAGCAUUUGCUGGUUAGCGAAUUAUUUGUUUGAGGAGUCAGAAGAAAGACGUGGUGGUGCUCUCAGCAACAAUGAUAAAAUUAGACUCUAUUUAAGAUUCUGUGCAGAUCCUGGAUUCCAAAAUGGUAUAGCCACAGAUAUUGGAGUUCAUCAAGCAACUGUGUCGCGAACAAUUGCGGAUGUUGCAAAACGUAUAUCUGCGAAAGCAAGCGAGUGGAUAAAAUUCCCGAAAGAUGCAGAAGAAAUAAAAGACAGUCAAAUGAAAUGGCAGGCAAAAUAUAGCUUUCCAUUUGCAAUUGGAGUUAUUGAUUGUACUCAUAUAAAAAUUAAAAAACCCACAAAUCACAGCGAUGAGUACAUUUGCAGAAAAGGCUUUCACUCUAUAAAUGUGCAGGCAACUUGUGAUGGAAAUGAACUUUUUACAAGCGUCGACAUAUCGUGGCCUGGUUCCGUACAUGACUCACGCAUCUUACGAAAUAGCGAGGUAUUCAGAAUAAUGCAAAAUGCAACAAACGAUGCAUUACUUCUGGGAGAUGAGGGUUAUGGAAUAUGCCCAUGGCUAAUGACACCAUUCCGAAACCCAACAACUGAUAUAGAAAAAACCUACAACAAAGUGUUUACAAGGGAACGUGUCAUUAUAGAACGGUGUUUUGGACAAUUGAAGCAAAGAUUUUCUAUACUUCAAUAUAAAAUUCGUGUAUCAACAGAGCUUGCGCCCCACGUAAUAGCCAGUUGUUUCAUUCUGCAUAAUAUAGCUAAAUUUUUAAACGACGAUUAUACCCCUAUCAGUGACUAUAACAACAAUAAUGAUGAAUGGCAUUUAGGAAAUGAUAUCGAACAACAAUCAGCAAGCAUUUCAGAAGCCGGAAAAAACAAAAGGAGGAUAAUCGCGAAUUUGUUGUCAAAUUAG